CUCCUUGGAACGAACCACAUCAGCUUUCCCGAGCAGUUGCGCAUCCUCUUAUCACAAUCAAUCCGCAGCUAUUACACUCAAUUACAAUUGUUUGUGCUCAUCUGAAAGCCAUAUCAUCUUUUCUGAGCCCAUAACAUUCGCAACCAACCAAGCAUUCGCAAGCUCUUUGUAGCUACCAUCAAAACGUCUAGCUCCAUCAUUGAGCAAUCACAACAACAACAGUCGCAAAGAUGGGAUCAUUAGGCUCAUAUUUCCUCGAUGUAGUCUACUCGUUUACCAACUGCAUGGUGUGCUUUCCGGGCACUCCCCAACUCAAGAUCAACAGUCGGAGCUUCAAAAUCUUGCGACUGCUGGGCGAGGGUGGCUUCUCCUACGUAUACCUCGUCCAGGACAAUGCAAACCAGCAGCUUUUCGCCCUGAAGAAGAUCCGCUGCCCCUUCGGCCAGGAAUCCGUGUCGCAGGCGCUCAAGGAAGUCGAAGCAUACUCGCUCUUCUCACCACACCCGAACAUCAUCCACUCGUUUGACCAUUCCGUCGCAUCCGAUAAAUCAGAUCCCCAGGCCAAGACCGUGUACAUCCUCCUCCCGUACUACAGGCGUGGAAACCUACAAGACAUGAUCAAUGCGAACCUGGUCAAUCACACAAAGUUCCCCGAGCGGAGAUUGAUGGUGCUGUUCCUGGGCGUUUGCAAGGCAUUGAAGAGCAUGCAUCAGUACAGAGUGAAAGGUCCCCCCGGCGGAGCUACAAGCCAGAGCAACGCGAAGAAAGUGCGGAGAGAAGCUGCGAGGGCAGAUGCGGAGGCCGCGGAGGCCAUGGAGAUGCGUCCCGGUCGGCGGCACAGGGAUGACGACGACGACGAUGAAGAGCAUGAAGCAGAGCCGCUCAUGGACUCUGAGGUCACAAGUGCGCAGGAAGGCAUUGCGCCUGGUGGUGAACGCGCGUACGCGCAUCGUGACAUUAAGCCUGGAAACGUUAUGAUCGCCGACGACGGCAAAACUCCAAUCCUCAUGGAUCUCGGCUCCCUUGCACCCUCACCAACACCGAUCACAUCUCGCUCCCUCGCACUCCAGGUCCAGGACCAGGCCGCCGAACACAGCACAAUGCCGUACCGAGCCCCCGAACUCUUCGACGUGAAGACGGGUUCCGUCAUCGAUACCAAGGUCGACAUCUGGUCGCUCGGGUGCACAUUAUACGCAUGUCUCGUCGGGAAAUCGCCGUUCGAAGCACGCAGUGACGAGACUGGUGGCAGUUUGAGCAUAUGUGUGUUGGGCGGUGACUGGAGGUUCCCCGACGAGGGACCGCAGCGGGGAAAGCAGACGCAGCCGACGGAGGAUGCUAUCAGUGACCCCGUUAAGGAGGUUGUGCGAAGGUGUUUGAAGGUUGAGCCGAGUGAGAGGCCGGAUGUCGACGAGUUGAUCGCUCUCGUUGAGGAAGUGUUGGAGGGAUUACCUGAGGAUGGCUCGGAUGACUGAAAAUAAUGACAGCGCCGAUGUUUUUUUUCUAACCUUUUUUUCUUCUUUUCUAUCGCGACGGUAUUCAUGUAAGAAUAAUCUUCGCCUAGCGAACGAACGCAUGAUGUUUUUUU